CAAUAGUUACUGUUGAGAGGGGAAAUGUUUUUGGGAUACACCAGUGGGUGGCCGUUUCAUAUUGGGACAAAACUUUGGAUCCUUGCACAGAUUACACAGAGACCAUGAGCUGUCCGGAGAAAAACUGCACAAAGCCUCAUAUAGUCAAAGAAGAGGUUGUAGCGACUGGACAGUGGGUUCAGCUUGAGAAGACCACCUAUGUGGAUCCGUCUGGAAACACCAGAAUAUGGGAGACGGUGAAGAGAACAACGAGACCAACCAACACUGUUGUAGAUGGUGUGGGGAUCAUCGCCAUCCUGAAGAGAACUCUGCAUAAGGACUGUGUGGUGUUGGUGAAACAGUUCAGGCCGCCGAUGGGAUGCUACACUCUGGAGUUUCCUGCAGGUCUGAUUGACCAGAACGAGAACGCUGAGACGGCCGCACUGAGAGAGCUGAAGGAGGAGACGGGCUACAAGGGAGAGGUGGUGGGAGUCACACCAGUCACAUGCCUCGAUCCUGGUCUGUCUAACGGCAGCACACACAUCGUGAUGGUCAACAUUAAUGGGGAUGAUCUCGAAAAUAUCAGCCCCACUCAGCAGCUCGGUAAGAUUCCAGUGUAGCAUCUGUCUUCCUCAUCAUCAUCAUCAUCAUCAUCAUCAUCAUCGUCUGCUCUGUUAUUCUCACACAAUCUUCAUCAAAGCGUCCUUACUCAUUACUAAUUUCAUUAUAUAUUUUUUUUUCUUUGGUCCUUUCUAGGUGAUGGAGGUAAAAUAAAUUUUCCUUAAAAAAUAAUAAAAUAUAUAAAAGCAUUAUUAUUAUUAUUUUUUAAAAAUUUUAUUUAAACCUAUUUUGUUAUUUUUUUUCCUCCAGAAUUUGUCGAUGUGAUUCUUCUACCUUUAGAUGAAUUUCAGAAGAAAAUAGAUGAGUUACUGAAGAAGGAGAAACUUGUGGUGGAUUCUAAAGUCUACAUUUACGCCAUGGGAAUGUCCCAAGCUUUCUUUAAACCCAACGAGCUUCCGGUGCUUAAACAGUGAGACAUGAACUGCACCAAUCCUCCACAGUUAGAAACGGUUACAGCCUGAAAAAUAAUAAUAAUAAUAAUAAUACGAGCCUCUGAGCUUUUCAUCAGCCGCUGAGAGACUUGAGGUUUAUUUGACGUUACUUGAACAUUCCUAAUACUAACAGCACUGUUAUAAAGUAAUAAAGUCUAUUAAUAAUGAUUUAAAAAAUUCAUUUAAGGACCAAAAAAAGGGUCCAAAUAUUAAUGCUAUUUAAGUGCAAAUUUGAGAGCAGCGAUAUGCAGCAGUUAUGUUUUUUCUCUCCACACAAGUGCUGUGAUUAAAGGCCUGAAGGUUGAUCUGCUGAGAUACUGAGAUAACUGCUGAGUUCACUGUGCUGUUCUGCUGUGUGUGAAUUGUAUUAACUUUUAUCUAAUAAAACCGCUUGUUAACACGC